GCCUCAGCCUCCCCAUCUACCUAAUGGGCGUUGGGCAGUUGACUGCUGCGGUUAGGUCAGGCGCGGCCCUGGCACGAUGCGCGCACGCACAGGCGCCCCAAGAGUAGCGACUUUUUACCGCUUUGGAUUAGGGCUCUCGGCCUCUGCCAGCCCGACUCAGAUCGGAGACGGGAAUCCGCGGGGCCUCUCCCUGACUCAGAAGGCGAGCGAAGGCCCUACCAGCCAGGAAGACCCCGGGUCCGAUUCCCAGGACGCUGACCCCCUGCCCACCACCGCGGGCUGGAAAGAGAGACCGGAUGAGCUCAGAAGACACGCAGACAAAAAAUUACCGCGGCCUCUGGGGGCGCACAAAAGGGGACAGACGUCCCAAGCGGCCUUUUGUACCCCGGGGCCGCCCCCAACCCAUCCUCUAGGCUCCGGCGCUCUUCUUACGCCGUCCUCCGGGCCCCCCGGGGCGGAACGCGGGCCCCCAGCUCCCGGGAGACACGCGCGCCCCGGUUCUCGCACCCCCGCCGGCGGGGAUCUCUGCGCUCCCAGCCCCUGCGCGGCCCCUCCCCCGCCCAGCGCCUCACAAAGGCCCUUUGUCUCGCCGAGUCCCGGGACUCUGGUUCCUGAAAAGUUCCAGGAGAAAAACCGAAGAGAUAGGCCAAAACGGCGAGCGCAGCAGAGUGGGCAGGGUCGGUGGGACAGGGCCAAGGCGGCGCAACGGCCAAAGGUGUCCCCUCCAAGACCCCAAGGCCGAGGGGAGCGUCGGGGGCUACGAGAAAUUACGAGAGCCCUAGACUACUACGGAGUGGGAGAGCAGCUUGGAUUCCUGAUUUCGGAGGCCGGAGCGCUCCUAGAGCCGCGGCGAACGCCAAAACCGCCGGCUCCCGGGUGCCCGCCCUGCGUCCCGCGCCGCGAGGUGCAGACCCCUCGGCCGCCAACCCCCCGGCCUCCUUUUCCAGCCUCCCUCCACAACUUUGCUAAAGGUGCUUAUUUUAACCCGGUUUUGGUUACAACCACCUCCUCCUCCUCCCUCCCGUCCAGCUCUGGUUACCAGAUCCGCGUUUACUUUGGAAAAAUCUUAAGAUCGCCACAUCCGAGGAUACAUGUCUUAAGCAGGCGAUGAGCUUUCCGUGAUUUUUUAAAAAAUGUUCUUUCUUUUAAAAGCCAGCGCUUCAGGGCAUGCCCCGGCGCCCCACUUUGGAGAAGUCGGGGUGAAGCCCCCCGGAACACCCUGGCUCUGGUAGAGAAGCUGGCUCAGCCAUCUGCGGGCUCCGCUGCGUUCUCCCUACUUUUCUCCCCCUUUUAAAUGCAGUUAAAAUGGCUGAAUUCCGGCUUUUAAUUAAAAACAGCCUAUAAUCGAAA